AUGGCAGGACAGUCCAAGGUCGCUCCUCUCCCUCCGUGGGGCUAUGCAGUCGCCGGCUCUGCUGGCGCUGUGGUCGCGAACGCGCUCGUCUAUCCGCUCGACAUCGUCAAGACCCGUCUCCAAGUCCAGGUCAAGCAGACCAAAUCCGCCGACAGCGCUAGCAACCCCGCCGACGACCAGCACUACACCUCGACUUGGGACGCCAUUACCAAAAUCGUGAAUAACGAUGGCCUCGCCGGACUCUACGCUGGCAUGCCUGGCUCUCUGCUUGGUGUCGCCUCCACGAACUUCGCCUACUUCUACUGGUACACUAUCGUGCGGACCCUAUACCUCUCGAGCCAGAAGGUUCCCAAAGCUCCGAGUACGGCCGUAGAGCUUAGCUUGGGGGCGGUCGCUGGUGCCGUUGCGCAGCUGUUUACUAUUCCGGUCGCUGUGGUCACUACCAGACAACAAACGCAGUCAAAGAGUGAGCGGAAGGGCCUCCUGGAUACGGGUCGCGAAAUCAUCGCAAGUGAGGAUGGAUGGACCGGCCUUUGGAGAGGACUGAAGGCUAGCUUGGUCCUGGUUGUGAACCCUGCCAUUACCUAUGGCGCAUACCAGAGGCUAAGGGAAAGCCUUUUCCCUGGCAAGGCCACCUUGAAGCCUUGGGAAUCAUUCUUGCUUGGCUCUCUUUCUAAGGCGCUGGCCACUAUCGCUACCCAGCCACUUAUCGUUGCCAAGGUCGGUCUUCAGUCCAAGCCCCCGCCAGCGCGCCAGGGAAAGCCCUUCAAGACUUUCAUUGAAGUCAUGGCUUUCAUUAUCGAGCACGAAGGUCCGCUCGGCUUGUUCAAGGGUAUCGGUCCCCAGAUUCUCAAGGGUCUGCUGGUGCAGGGCUUCUUGAUGAUGACCAAGGAGCGCGUGGAACUGAUGUUCAUCGUUCUUUUCCGCUAUGUCCGGAAGAUCCGCGAAGAGCAGCUGAAGAAGGCUGCUGCAAUUGUGGCCGAGAAGGCAGCCAAGGCGGCGCCUCAGGUGUCGGAGCAGGUGAAGAAGGUUGCUCCGGUCACUAUGAAAUGA